CAAGUUAGAUACGACGCUAGCGAACAAACUUCGAAUAAAUCAUCAACCCUCCUUCAAUACCAAUCCUCUACUCGAAUACCCGCAUACAUCAAAAGAGACAACUCAAAAUGCCGGCACCGACAGCCCUGCUCAAGCAGGUCGACGACACCCCGUCUCAAGUCCCGCUUCUAGAAGCCAACGAAGAUGUAGAUUUCGAGCUAGAGGGCAUCAACGUGCUCCCCGAGGACGCGAACGCAGUUCUCCAACCCGUGAAACGAACCGAAGAAUCCGACAUGGAAAUCGACGAAGAAGACAAGCCGCAAUUCGCACCCGCCCAGAACACCGAUCCCACGACACACAUCCAAUCGCGCAAGGUGUCCAUCCCGCCCCACCGCUUCACGCCCCUCAAGAACACCUGGCCCAAGAUCUACCCGCCGCUGGUCGAGCACCUGAAGCUGCAGGUGCGCAUGAACGUCAAGCACAAGCGCGUGGAGCUGCGCACCUCCAAGCACACCACCGACACCGGCGCGCUACAAAAGGGCGAGGACUUCGUGCGCGCCUUCGCGCUGGGCUUCGAUGUCGACGACGCCAUCGCUUUGUUAAGGCUGGACGACCUGUAUAUCGAGACCUUCGAGGUGAAAGACGUGAAGACCCUGAGCGGAGACCAUCUCGCGCGCGCGAUCGGCCGUAUCGCGGGUAAGGAUGGGAAGACGAAGUUUGCGAUUGAGAAUGCGUCGCGGACAAGAGUGGUGCUGGCGGAUUCGAAGAUCCAUAUCUUAGGAGGAUUCAAGAAUAUCCACAUAGCUCGCGAAUCCAUCGUGAGCUUGAUAUUGGGUAAACCGCCUGGAAAGGUGUAUAACAACCUCCGAACCGUGUCCGCGAGGAUGAAGGAGAGGUUUUAGUUUUUUAUUGGUUCAAUUUUCGCACUUUCACAUUGGGCGGAGUUCCGGUCUGGCGUUAAAAUGAGCUUGUGUUAAACGCACUCGAUAGAUUAUGAGACACGAGAAGUCUCUUAAGAACCAUUAAGUCAUCAUACAUCUUAAGGGUAUCAUGAACUAUAUAAA